AUGAGGAGCGCACUGGAGACGUUAGAGCAGAUCCAGGAAACGCUAGCCGAGAUCAAGGGACGAACCCCCGACGUGAGCAUCUCCAGGUUCGUCGACUCCGUUUUGGAUGAUUCGCUGGGGACCGAAUACGCGCCGUCGGAGUGGAAGAGCCGUGACGCCGGUCAUGGACGCCGCGCGGAGGAACGGUCUGACGACAGGCGGCCAUGCGUUCCCACUCUGAAGAUGGACUGGGCGGCAUGCGUCCUCCCUCUGCACGGUGAGGACGCGCACUUCGGACACGCCGAAGCCGGCGUCGUCGGUGUCGCGGACGGUGUCGGCGGGUACCGGGACCGAGGUGUGGACGCCGGCGCGUUCGCACGAGCUCUCAUGGCGAACGCUCUGGCGACGGCGGAGCGGGUGGCCAAGGCCCGCAGGCUCCUCAUCCGCCUCUGCCCGAUGAAGGUGCUGGAGCGGGCGUACAAGAAAGCGGCCAUGAACAAAACACCAGGGGGGUCCACGGCCGUCAUCCUGUCGCUCUACGGCACGGAGCUCAGCUGGGCGUACAUCGGCGACAGCGCCUUCGCCGUGUUCCAAGGCGGCAAGAUCAUCUACCGUUCGGUGCAGCAGCAGCGCCGCUUCAACGAGCCGUACCAGCUGAGCACCAGGGGGCGUGGAGGCAGCCUCAGCGAGGCGGAGGUGGGCGGCAUGUCGACGGUGAAGGACGGCGACGUCGUAGUGAUGGCGACAGACGGGCUGUUUGACAACAUGCACGACUGGCAGCUCGAGCGCGCCGUGCGGAUGGGCACCGACCUGGGCUUCCCGCCCAAGAACAUGGCGGACAUUGUCGCGGGCAUCGCUUACGAGAUAUCGAAGGAAAGUUGGGGAUGCUCGCCGUUCGGUAUCGGAUACUUCAAGAAAUACAAGAAGGUAUGGCAUGGUGGAAAGGAGGACGACAUUACGGUCAUCGUCGCGUAUAUUGUCUCCAAGGAUUCGUGA